GCUCCCCGCCGCGGCCGUCGCAGCGCAGCCUCCGCCGGUUGUAGGAUCCAGGCCUCCAUGAGGAGCCCAGACAUGGAGUCGUUCAAGCAACAGAAGGUGGAGGACUUUUACGACAUCGGAGAGGAGCUGGGCAGCGGCCAGUUUGCCAUCGUGAAGAAGUGCCGGGAGAAGAGCACAGGGCUGGAGUUCGCGGCCAAGUUCAUCAAGAAGCGGCAGAGCCGGGCCAGCCGGCGGGGCGUGUGCCGGGAGGAGAUCGAGCGGGAGGUGAGCAUCCUUCGGCAGGUGCUGCACCCCAACAUCAUCACGCUGCACGACGUCUACGAGAACCGCACCGACGUGGUGCUCAUCCUCGAGCUGGUGUCUGGAGGAGAGCUCUUUGAUUUCCUGGCCCAGAAGGAAUCCCUGAGCGAAGAGGAGGCCACCAGCUUCAUCAAGCAAAUCCUGGACGGAGUGAACUACCUGCACACAAAGAAAAUCGCUCACUUUGAUCUCAAGCCAGAAAACAUUAUGCUGUUAGACAAGAAUAUUCCCAUUCCACACAUCAAGCUGAUUGACUUUGGCCUGGCUCAUGAAAUAGAAGAUGGAGUUGAAUUUAAGCAUAUUUUUGGGACACCAGAGUUUGUUGCUCCAGAAAUCGUGAACUAUGAGCCCCUGGGGCUGGAGGCCGACAUGUGGAGCAUUGGCGUCAUCACCUACAUCCUCCUGAGCGGAGCGUCCCCGUUCCUGGGAGACACGAAGCAGGAAACCCUGGCAAACAUCACAGCAGUGAGUUACGACUUCGAUGAGGAAUUCUUCAGCCAGACUAGCGAGCUGGCCAAGGACUUCAUUCAGAAGCUUCUGGUGAAAGAGACCCGAAAACGGCUCACGAUCCAAGAGGCUCUCAGACACCCCUGGAUCACGUCCAAAGGAGAAGCCAGAGCCCCCGAGCAGCGGAAGACACAGACCUCACAGCUGAAAACCAAGCGCCUGAGAGAGUACACCCUCAAGUGCCACUCCAGCAUGCCCCCCAACAACACCUACGUCAACUUCGAGCGCUUUGCCCACAUGGUAGAGGACAUAGCUCGGGUGGACCAGGGAUGUCGUGCGCUAGCAGGGGCCCAUGACACUCUCCAGGAUGACGUGGAGGCCCUAAUCUCCAUCUACAAUGAGAAGGAGGCUUGGUACCGGGAGGAGAAUGAGAGCGCCCGGCACCACCUGUCCCAGCUCAAGUACGAAUUCCGCAAGGUGCAGUCCUUGAAGAAGCUCCUGCGAGAAGACAUCCGGGCCACAGGGUCCAGCCUGGGAAGCAUGGCCAGAAAACUGGACCAUGUGCAGGCGCAGUUCGAGGCUCUGAGGCAGGAGCUCUCGGCAGACCUGCAGUGGGUACAGGAACUGGUGGGCAGCUUCCAGCUGGAGGGCGGAGACGCACAUGGCCUAGGCUCUGUGCUCCCUUGGGAUGCCAGCAAAUCCCUGUCAGAGCUGCUCAGCAGGUCAUGCACUGAGGAAGUCCUGGCCAGCUUGAAGCUGUGAGCCCUGGAACCUAGUCAGUAAUGUGUGGGAUGGUUUGCAGAAGCGCGCUCUCCGCACCUGCUAGAAUCAUCCUGCGCGGGCUUCCACCCUCUCCCCAGAAGCCAGAAACAGCGGCCCUGCAUGCUUGGUAACUGAUUGGUGAUAAUGGAUGUGCUCACCUCCCACUCCCACCCGCAGGCCUUAGGACUGCAGAUCUCGGGUAGUAGUUGAAUUAACUAAGGGUAACGAAGUCAGCGUGGUGCUGUCCUGCUGCAGAAGCAGGGAUUUAAAAUGCACAGAGAAAAUAAUACUCCCUUUCAUUUGAACUGACUUCUCACCUAGCAAGUCUUUGUGUCUUGAUCCCCAAAGAACUCCGAGCUAGAAAGGUGGUGAUGACAAGAUGGGGGUGCUGAUUUCCACGGAAGUGGUGAGGAGACUGACUCCAAGAGGGAGAAGGACUUAGGAUCAUUCAUAGCCAGUCGACACAGCUGAAACAGGAAGCCAGGGUGUCUGUCUCUCAGAGGAGGUCUGUGGGAGGGGGGAGGAGGCUGAUCUGUAAAUAGCAAGCUUUAAUAUUAAAGUUCAGAUCCCAGACACGGGGUAGGCAGGUGCGUGUGUCUGGCCAGGUGCCGGUGGAAUGCAGACACCCGCAGAGAUUGUCCCAGGAGCUGUGUCCCAGGUACCAUGUUCCUACCAGCCGCGUCUCUGUCUGAAGACCAACCUCUGUGGCAGGAGGGAAGGGGCAGCGUCUCCCUGUGCUCCCUCCUUUCCCCCAACUCCUGUCUGAGGACCCUAACUCCAUGUUGAAAAUGUAGACCGAAAGGUACUCAACAGAGCGAUUCCUUUUCCCAAGUGCCAGUCCACUGGGCCCUGAAGGUCGAAGAGAUUCCCUGAGGGUUUUUGAAGAGGGUGGACGUGAAGAUUGGGAAGCACCAGGCUCUGUGGUCUUUUCAUGAUCCACGGCUUUGGGCAUCCCUCCGCAGGGCCUGUGUGACCUCAUCUCCCUUUCCCCGCAGAGAGGUCAGUGGGCAUUAACCGCGGACAGGGCCUGGAGCGUGGACCCGGCACUGUGCUCGAAGCUUGGGGUUGGGGGAGGAGACUGUAUACUUUGCAGCUAUUCACAGCCUGACAAAACACCCCAGCCAGACAUUUGUGUAAACUGUUCUUCCCAGUUUAGAGAUGAGGAAGCAGAGAGGUGAGGGGAUUUGACCCGAGUCACCGCAUGAGUCACAGAAGUGGGGCCUUCCUAUGGCAAGUCUGUGGCUGUUUCUGCUUCUCCCCAGCUCCAGAUGUUUACCGUCUGUCUUAGAGGUGGGUGGUACCCAGGUUCACCCAUCCAUUCCCAAAUAAUUACCAGGCACCUACCAACUUGUAGACACCAGGUUUGAGUCUGAGGCUACGUCAAGUAAAACAGGCUUGAUUCCUGCCGUGGUGGAGUUCUCGGUCUAGCACAGAAGCCCAGCGUCAGUCAGAAUCACACACAGGUAGAAUGCAGCUGGGGAGAAGCCGCAGCCUGCAGUGGGGUUCCAUCUGAUAGGGCGGGUGUCCUCGAAGAUCUCAGCUCAUGCUGGCUGUCGUCUCGGGGCGCUGUCUGCCUCAGCCUCCUGAGUGCUGGGAUUACAAGCAUGUGCCAGCAUGCCUGGUGCAUCCCAGAAACUUUUGAAUCAAAUAUGAGAAACGAUGAUUAUGAGAUGCAUUGUUACUUUAUGUACCGUUAAGAAAAAGCACAUAUGGGGAGCCUAAGAGACCCCCCCCACAUACACAUAAAGCUGUGAGUGGGUGAAUGAGAAGUAGCUCACUGCGCAGAAGAAGAGAACAAGGAAUCAGGAGGGACUCCGCUGAGACCCUAGGUGGGGUGGAAAAUCCCCCUGAGCAUGGACGCCUGGCCCGCCAGCCCUCUUGGAGUUUUGCUCUUUGAAUUUGCAGUCAGUGUGAUACCGAAGAGUCUCAAGCUGGGAGUGUCAUCCCCCCGGCUUCUGAGGCUGGUGGCCCCACAAGGCUGGUGGAAGCAGCACAGUCCCUCUUCUCCCCGACUUCCCUCCAGGCUGACAGUAAAGACCAGGUGUCCCAGAGACGCCGGUGCCUCCUGAGCUCUGAGGCCCAAAGUGCGCACCUCGGCAUGAAGGAAAGGUGGCAAAAGCCGUGUUUCCUCAAGUGACCUUUACAACCUCUUCAAAGGCUUUUCUGCCCUCUCCUGGGCUGUUAGAUGCUCGUUUGGCAUAAGCCGGUGCAAACAUUCACGGUCCUUUGGCUGUGCCAGCAGGGAUGGACCACACAGCUGGGUUUCCCAGGGUGAGGGCAAACGAACCUAAGAAGGCCAAAAUGUAAUAAAAGAGUAAAAUGGU